CCCCGCGCUGCCCACCGACGGCCACCCGGCCCCUGCGCUGCCCUGCCCGGCCUCCCGCCACUGCCGCUCCGGGCUUUUUUGGGUUUUUUCCCCUCCUUCCUCCCGUCCUUUUCUCUCCUGCAACUCGCAGAAGUCUCUGCCCCGGCCCCUGGUUUUAUUUCUUUUUGCCUUAGAGGGGUUGAGAAAAAUAAUCAUAAAGUUUUGCAAGUUUUUUUUCCACUUUUCUCCCAGCCGGGCUUAACACUGGUGGAGACUUUGCUUUUCCAAGUUUUACUUUUUUAACCCUUCCCUGACGCUCAGCCACCCCAUUUUUCCACUUUUUUCAUCUUCUGCUCCCUCCUCUGAUACUUUCUCGCAUGAAUCUCCUAGACCCCUUCAUGAAAAUGACAGAAGAACAGGACAAAUCUAUUUCCGAUGCCCCCAGCCCCACCAUGUCGGAUGACUCUGCCGGGUCCCCCUGUCCCUCUGGAUCCGGCUCGGACACGGAGAACACCAGACCCCAAGAAAACACCUUCCCCAAGGGAGACCCGGACCUGAAGAAGGAGAGCGACGAGGACAAGUUCCCAGUGUGCAUCCGAGAGGCAGUGAGCCAAGUGCUCAAGGGCUACGACUGGACCCUGGUACCCAUGCCAGUCCGGGUCAAUGGAUCCAGCAAGAACAAGCCCCAUGUGAAGAGACCCAUGAACGCCUUCAUGGUGUGGGCCCAGGCGGCCCGGAGGAAGCUCGCUGACCAGUAUCCCCAUCUGCACAACGCUGAGCUCAGCAAGACCCUGGGGAAGCUCUGGAGGCUGCUGAACGAGAGCGAGAAGCGUCCUUUCGUAGAGGAGGCUGAACGGCUACGGGUACAGCACAAGAAGGACCAUCCCGACUACAAGUACCAGCCACGGCGGAGAAAGUCGGUGAAGAACGGGCAGUCAGAGCAGGAGGAGGGCUCGGAGCAAACCCACAUCUCUCCCAACGCCAUCUUCAAGGCACUGCAGGCAGACUCCCCACAGUCAUCCUCCAGCAUCAGCGAGGUGCACUCCCCCGGGGAGCACUCGGGGCAAUCGCAGGGUCCCCCCACACCCCCCACUACCCCCAAGACGGACACACAGCCAGGCAAGCAGGACCUAAAGCGGGAGGGACGACCUCUGCAAGAAGGUGGCCGGCAGCCACCCCACAUUGACUUCCGAGACGUGGACAUCGGCGAGCUCAGCAGCGAUGUCAUCUCCAACAUCGAGACCUUUGACGUCAACGAGUUCGAUCAGUACCUUCCACCCAACGGCCACCCGGGGGUCCCGGCCACCCACGGGCAGCCCGGCCAGGUCACCUACACCGGAAGCUACGGCAUCAGCAGCACGUCGGGCUCACAAGCCGGGGCUGGCCACGUCUGGAUGUCCAAGCAGCAGGCGCAGCCACAGCCCCCACCGCAGGCGCAACCAGCAGCGACGCACGGGCUGCCGGCACUGAGCGGCGAGCAAGGCCAGGCGCAGCAGAGGACACACAUCAAGACAGAGCAGCUCAGCCCCAGCCACUACAGCGAGCAGCAGCAGCACUCCCCGCAGCAGAUCAACUACAGCUCCUUCAACCUCCAGCACUACAGCUCCUCCUACCCCACCAUCACCCGCUCCCAGUACGACUACACCGACCACCAGAACUCCAGCUCCUACUACAGCCAUGCCGCUGGCCAGAGCAGUGGCCUCUACUCCACCUUCACUUACAUGAACCCCACACAGCGCCCCAUGUACACCCCCAUUGCAGACACUUCUGGGGUUCCCUCCAUCCCCCAGACCCACAGCCCGCAGCACUGGGAACAGCCCGUCUACACACAACUCACCAGACCCUAAAAAAGCCAUUAGAAAACAAGAAAAGAAAA